AUGUUUGAGGAGAAGUUCAUCGUCGGCGUGGCUUCGGCCUGCUCUACUCUGGCCAUCGUUGCCUGCCUGAUCGUGGUUCCAUCUCUCUACAACACCAUCAAUGAGAUCCACGAUGAAGUCCUCGAAGGAGUUUCCGUGUUCCGCGUCGAGACCGACUCCGCUUGGAGCCAGAUGAUGAACUUCCAAGUGGCCGUUGCUCCCCCAAGCAAGCCACGUGAGAAUCCCUUCGGCUCCAUCUUCCGUAACAAGAGACAGGCCCUGCCUUCUUACUGCCAGUGCACGCCACCAACGGUCAACUGCCCACCUGGACCUGCUGGACCUCCCGGACAGCCUGGAGCACCUGCCCGGCGAGGACGCCUUCUACCACCUACGCCCCCAUCAACUGCCCUCCUCCAGACACCGGUUGCGUCACUUGCCCACCUGGACCACCAGGACCACCCGGACCAGAUGGAAAUCCUGGAGGCCCAGGACCAAACGGAAACCCAGGUCAAGCUGGAUCACCUGGACAAGCUGGACAGCCAGGACCAUCUGGACCUCCCGGAGACGCUGGAUCACCAGGAAACCCAGGAAGCGAUGGACAAGCCUGGACAACCCGGACAGGACGGCACCACCUCAACCAACACCCCUGGAGGACCUGGACCAGCUGGACCAGCAGGAGCUCCUGGAAAUGCAGGAGGACCUGGACAGCCAGGAAACGCAGGAAACCCAGGAGCUCCUGGACCCGCUGGACAACCCGGAGCUCCUGGACAGCCCGGACCCAACGGUACUCCUGGAAACCCAGGAGGCACAGCACCUCCAGGAGGCGAUGCCGCCUACUGUCCAUGCCCACCUCGCUCAGCUGCGUUCGUGGCUCGCCGAAAAGUUCGUCGUCGGCGUGGCUUCGGCCUGCUCUACUCUGACCAUCGUUGCCUGUCUGAUUGUGGUCCCAUCUCUCUACAACACAAUCAACGAGAUUCACAACGAAGUCAUCGAAGGAGUCCACAAUUCCGCAUUGAGACUGACUCGGCUUGGAAUCAAAUGAUUGACUUCCAAGUGACGGUUGCUCCUCCAGCUAAACCACGUGAGAAUCCGUUCAGCUCAAUCUUCCGUAACAAGAGACAGGCUGGUCUCCCGUCCUUCUGCCAGUGCACACCUACACAGCCGACAUGUCCACCUGGACCACCUGGACCUCCCGGACCACCUGGACCUCCUGGACAACCUGGUGCACCCGGAGAGCCUGGCGAAGACAACACCGUUACCUACGCCCCUAUUCAAUGCCCUGGACAAGACACCGAAUGCAUCACAUGCCCAGCUGGGCCACCUGGACCGCCUGGACCAGAUGGAGCUCCUGGAGACGCGGGACCUGACGGAAACCCCGGUCAAGCUGGAUCUCCUGGUCAAGAUGGACAGCCAGGACCCGCCGGACCACCAGGAGAUGCUGGAUCACCAGGAAACCCAGGAAACGAUGGACAACCUGGACAGCCAGGACAAGACGGCACAACAUCAACUUCGUUACCCGGACCUCCUGGACCUAUCGGACCAGUAGGACUUCCGGGUAACGCAGGAGGCCCUGGACAGCCUGGAGCUCCAGGAAACCCUGGCGCACCUGGACCAGCCGGGCAGCCUGGAGCACCAGGUCAGCCAGGGCCCGACGGACAGCCAGGAAAUCCAGGAGCUCCGGCACCUCCUGGAGGCGACGCUGCUUACUGUCCAUGCCCGCCUCGGUCGGCUGUAUUUGUAUCGCGCCGUGCCGCGAGACAUUAA